GCCGCCGCCGCCCAAGGCUACGGCGCGUUCCUGCCCUACGCCGCGGAGCUGCCCAUCUUCCCGCAGCUGGGAGCGCAGUAUGAACUGAAGGACAGCCCAGGGGUGCAGCAUCCGGCCACCGCCGCCGCGUUUCCACAUCCGCACCCCGCCUUCUACCCGUAUGGCCAGUACCAGUUCGGGGACCCGUCCCGUCCCAAGAAUGCCACCCGAGAGAGCACUAGCACGCUCAAGGCCUGGCUCAACGAGCACCGCAAGAACCCCUACCCCACCAAGGGGGAGAAGAUCAUGCUGGCCAUCAUCACCAAGAUGACCCUCACCCAGGUGUCCACCUGGUUCGCCAACGCGCGCCGGCGCCUCAAGAAGGAGAACAAGAUGACCUGGGCGCCCCGCAGCCGCACGGACGAGGAGGGCAACGCUUAUGGGAGCGAGCGCGAAGAGGAAGACGAAGAGGAGGACGAGGAGGACAGCAAACGAGAGCUGGAGCUGGAGGAGGAGGAGCUCGUGGGGGAGGAGGAGGACACGGGGGGCGAGGGUCUGGCGGAAGACGACGAGGACGAGGAGAUCGAUUUGGAGAACUUAGACGGCGCGGCCGCCGGGCCUGAGCUGACCCUGGCUGGGGUGGCACACAGGGACGGCGAUCUCGGCCUCGGACCCAUUUCGGACUCCAAAAAUAGCGACUCCGAAGACAGCUCUGAGGGCUUGGAAGAUCGGUCACUGCCCGUCCUGAGUCUGGCCCCAGCGCCACCGCCUGGGGCAGCGGCUCCGCCAUCUCCACCAUCUCCGCCAUCGCCCCCCGCCCGC